AUGGGCGGCAUCCACGACGACCAACCCGACGCCGAGAGCAAACCGCUUCACAUACUCAUCGCGGGAGCCGGUAUUGGAGGACUCACCGCGGCAAUCGCUCUCCGACAACAAGGUCACCAUGUGGAGAUAUUCGAGCAGUCCAAGCUCUCCCAAGAGACCGGAGCCGCCAUUCACUUGGCCACGAACUGCAAUGGCCUCCUCCGCAGACUGGGCUUCAUGGCCGAGGAUAUCGGCGGCGUCGAGUGUACGAAUGUCGUUGAGUAUCUCCCUCACAACGGUCAAGUCAAAUAUCAGGUUCCCGUGAAGAAGCUCGGCGCCAGUCUCUGGGCUCAUCCAUGGUAUCUCGUGCACAGAGCUCAUUUGCAUACGGCUUUGUGGGAGAUGGCUGUCAAUCCUGAUGGUAAAGGUCCGCCUGCGAAGCUUCAUCUUGCUACCCGUGUACAGCGGAUCGAUGCCGCGAAUGGGACUAUUGUGUUGACUGAUGGCACGGAGUUCCAGGGCGAUCUUGUCAUCGGCGCCGACGGAGUGCAUUCGAAAACCCGCGCGAGCAUUUCGGGUGGCGACCUUAAAGCCUUCGACUCGGGCAAAAGUGCCUUCCGAUUUAUGGUCCCUACCCAGAAGCUGGAGAGUGAUCCGAAGACAGCACCUUUGGUGAAGCCCGGAGCAUUGUCCAUGUGGAUAGGAGAUGACCGCAGAGUGAUCAUGUAUCCUUGUAUGAACAACACCAUGAUGAACUUUGUGCUCAUCCACCCGAGCGUGGAGUCGCAAGCAGAUGUUGGCGAUGAAGCAGGUUGGCAACAAACAGGCAGCAAAGACCGCAUGCUCGCCAUCUACCAAUCAUUCCACGAAUCCGUGCGAGCCGUGAUCGAAAAGGCCGAAGAGGACAUCAAAGUCUGGAAACUCCUCGACAUGGACAAAAUGCCUACCUUCGUGCAUGAAAGACUCGGGUUACUCGGCGAUGCCGCUCAUCCUUUCCUACCACAUCAAGGCCAGGGUGGCGGUCAAGCUAUCGAGGAUGCAAUUGCACUCGCCACACUGUUACCGCUGGGCACCUCUCGACAGGACAUCCCGGAACGACUCUCACUGUACAACGAGUGCCGCUAUGAACGCUCGCACAAGAUCCAGGACUUCACUCGCACGGCUGGCAAAGAUGCCGCGGAGUUGGCAGCAGAAGGGAAGAAGCUCGACAUGAUGGAGUAUCAAAAGUACAACUUCGGUCAUGAUGCGUACGACUUCGCUCGGGGCAAGCUCAGAGCCCUGCUCAACAGUAAAGAAAAGACACUACGCUUCCGCAGUCCAUUGGGCUUCGGCGCAAGUCCUGGUCCACGGCGACCGCUCGGCAUGUCAAAUAUCCCACUACUCCAGCAAGCAAAUCUCGAGACCUUCCAGACCCUCUUCGUCCGAUUCAAGUCCUCCAGAACCUAUCUCGAGAACCUCCUCCCUCCCAACUUCGCCUUCACCCGCCCCGGAACACUCGCAACAGCAAGCAUAAGCUGCACCACUCUCGACGGCAUGGCCUGGCUCGCACGCGGCGGAUACAGUCACUGUGGCCUGUACAUUCACGGCAUCUACUUCACUCAGCACGACGGCUCCAAAGUCUACGGCUCCUACCUCGCCGUUCUGUUCGAAAACAGUGCCGACCCGAUCAUCACGGGCCGGGACGAACUCGGCAUGCCAAAGAUAUACUGCGACAUCGACGCAGGGAUAGUGGGCAACAACGCCAGCGUUUCUCUGGCUUGGCGAGGAACUCGCUUCUGCCAGUUCAACAUCUCUGGUCUCGCCACUCCCGAGCCUACUUCUUCUCCUCCCGAGCCCGCUCCGCAAACCCCACCUUCACCACCGCCCGAGUCAGGCCACUUCUGGCACCGCUACAUUCCCUCCGUAGGCGAACCAGGAAAUGCAGACGCCGACUACAUCGUCUUCAACCCUCACUCCGAUUCUUCUACACAAGGAGAUGCCACCUCGACGACGACACUGGCUUCCAAGAAUGCGUCGUUGGCGUUCGACAAGGGUAAUUGGAAGACUUUGCCGACGCUAUACCAUGUCGCUACGGGCUUGUCGGAGAUGCCGAUUUAUGGAAUAGAGGAGGCAAGGUUUGUGAAGGGAGUGGGUGUUGACGAUUUUAGUGGUGCGAGGAGGAUUGAGUGA